GACAUUUGCCAUAAAAUCCAGACCAAUUAAAGUGACGUAGUAUGAAGCAACUUUUAACAUCACUGUCCCUACUCAGCUGCUUGUUUCUUGUGCAAGUUAAUUGCCGCAUAGGAACUCGCAUUGUGGGUGGAAAUGUAGCAAAAGAAGGCCAGUUUCCUUUCGCAGCUUUGCUAACGAUUGAAACUGAAGGUUUCGUAUUUGUUUGUGGAGGAGCACUCUUGAACGAAGAAUGGGUUCUGACAUCCGGAACUUGCACUAACAACAUUGUGAACGUCACAGUUAGUUUAGGUUCAACCAGCAGAGAUGAAAAUGAUCCAAACCGAGUGACCGUUGUUUCAACCGUUGUUGUGCCACAUCCCGAUUUUAACCCAGAUCAGAUUUUGAAUGACAUAGGUCUUGUCAAGCUUUCUGAAGCAGUUGAGUUUUCAGAUUAUGUACAACCAAUUAAAUUGGCAACGAUUAAUUUACCUAACAUCUUACAUCCAACGGUUGUUGGGUGGGGACAAACUGCUGAUGAUUCGGAUCCAGCGACGGAUCUACAGUAUGCACAGUUAAAUAUUCUAACUAAUGAAGAAUGUCAACUGAUUUACGGGUCGCAGAUUGUUGAUAAUAUGGUGUGUUUAAAUGGAAAUAACAAAGAAAGUACAUGCUAUGAUGACUCCGGAAGUCCUUUAGUUGUACGUCCUAUUGGAGCUUCGAGUUUGCAGAUUGUUGGUGUUUCAAGUUUCUUUAGUGGAAAUGGAUGCGAGAUUGGUGAGCCGUCUGGAUUUACUAGGACGUAUCCUUACCUUGAUUGGAUAAAUAGUGUACUGCAAGAAGCGUAACAGAAAUUAAAUAAAAAAUAUCACAACAGAACCAAAAA